AUGGCGAGGCUGCGGGACUGCCUGCUCCGCCUGACGGUCACGAUCCGGUCCCUGCUCUUCUGGUCCCUGGUCUACUGCUACUGCGGGCUCUGCGCCUCCAUCUACCUGCUCAAACUUUUGUGGAGCAUCGGCAAGGGACCCGCUCAGACCUUCCGGAGGGUCGCCCGGGAACACCCUCCCGCGUGUUUGAACGACCCCUCUUUGGGUACCCACUGCUACGUGCGGAUCAAGGAUUCGGGGUUAAGAUUUCAUUAUGUUGCUACUGGUGAAAGAGGCAAACCACUUAUGCUGCUGCUUCAUGGAUUUCCAGAAUUCUGGUAUUCUUGGCGUCACCAACUAAGGGAAUUUAAAAAUGAAUAUCGAGUUGUAGCACUUGAUCUGAGAGGCUAUGGAGAAACAGAUGCUCCCAUUCAUCGAGAGAAUUAUAAAUUGGACUGUCUAAUUACAGAUGUAAAGGAUAUUUUAGACUCUUUAGGAUAUAGCAAAUGUGUUCUUAUUGGCCACGACUGGGGGGGAAUGAUUGCUUGGCUAAUUGCCAUCUGUUAUCCCGAAAUGGUGAUGAAGCUUAUUGUUAUUAACUUCCCUCAUCCAAAUGUAUUUACAGAAUAUAUUUUACGACACCCUGCUCAGCUGUUCAAAUCCAGCCAUUAUUACUUCUUCCAAAUACCAUGGUUCCCAGAAUUUAUGUUCUCAAUAAAUGAUUUCAAGGCUUUGAAACAUCUGUUUACCAGUCACAGCACUGGUAUUGGAAGAAAAGGAUGUCGAUUAACAACAGAAGAUCUUGAGGCUUAUAUUUAUGUCUUCUCCCAGCCUGGAGCAUUAAAUGGUCCAAUUAACCAUUACCGAAAUAUCUUCAGCUGCCUGCCUCUCAAACAUCACAUGGUGACCACUCCAACACUCCUACUGUGGGGAGAAAAAGAUGCAUUUAUGGAGGCUGAGAUGGCUGAAGUCACAAAGAUUUAUGUUAAAAAUUAUUUCAGGCUAACUAUACUGUCAGAUGUCAGUCACUGGCUUCAGCAAGAACAACCUGAUAUAGUGAACAAAUUGAUAUGGACAUUUCUGAAGGAAGAAACAAGAAGAAAAGAUUAA